UCUCCCUUCUCGGGGUCCCUCGUGCUCCGCCCCGGGAAGGAGAAGAAGCAGCAGCAGGAGGAAGAAGAAGAGGAGGAAUCCCAGAAGCAGUGAGGAGAAGGCCUCAACGUACAGAGCAUGAAGAUAAAGUUGGAAGACUGAGGGAGGAAGGAAACACCUAUUCAAGAGAGCCAAAAUAUAUGGAGAUGGAAAAAACCAAUUGUUUCUAUCAACUUUAAAUUACCUUUCAAAGCGUACUGCAUUUCAAGGACCUUUGGAUGCCAUGACAGUCACUCUAGUGUGCGAUGCCUCGGAAGCUAUGGAGCUCUGUGCUUCUCAGCGACUCUAUCUUAAGCCCGUAGCGAAACUGACAAUCAGUGUGCUGCUUCCAGAACACACCGGCUCACCCCGAGCCUUCUCUAAGUGGGAAGUGAUGGAUAAGCUGAAGAGUAUGAUUUGUCCAGACCAGUUCACCAGCGUAAAGGUCUCAAAGAGCACUAAGGGACUCCUUCGCCUCGAGGGAGAGGCAGAAACCAAGCGCUUGGUCUGUAGCCUCAAGGAAAAGCUCCAUGGCAAGAUGAUAAAACUCAAUGGUUUUAAAGAUGACUUGCAAGUGGUUGCUACAGAGGCACCUCUGGAUUUCCCAACUCCACAGGAGUUGGGAGCCAAUGCGAACAAUAGAGAAUUGCCGGAAGGAAACUUUGCGGAGCAAAGCAAGGAUGUGGCGGACUGCCUCCAUUUGGAAGGAUUGCCGUGCAAAUGGUUUGCUCCGAGAGGUUCAGAUAGUGAAGUGCCGAGCGAAGAUGUCUUGAGAGCAGUGUUUGAACGUUUUGGAAAGAUCAAGAACAUAGAUAUCCCCAUGCUUGAUCCGUAUAGGGAAGAAGUGGUGGGAGGAAGCACACAUAAUUUCACUUUCCGUGGCCUGAGGACAUUUGAGGCUUUUGUCCAGUACCAAGCGUCCACGUCUUUCUCAAAAGCUAUGGAAACACUUAAGGGAAUGAAGCUGAUGUUUAAAGGGGAUGAUGGAAAAGCUCUUGCUUGUAACAUCAAGGUGACGUCUGAUGCCACCAGUCAUUUCAGUGAGGCUGCUAUAAACCAGAGAAACCUGGAAAGAUUAACACUGCAAGGGCUAGAGCAAGAAAGAAGGCGGGAGGAAAACAGAGGGAAAAGGGGGACGGAAAGAAAAAGACGUGAUGGUGGUGGUGAUGAUGAUGAUGAUGAAAAAAAAGUUGGAGAAGGAAAGAGGAAGUCUAAGAUCAAGAGACGGGAAAAAAGACAGAUAGAUCGCGAUGACAAACGCCCAAGAAAGCAGCAGAAGGUAACAGCGGGAGAAGAGUUGUGGCCAGAAAAUAUGCCUGAAUGGGAAGAGAGGAAAUACCUCCUAGCUCAGAGAAGAGUGGAAUCUAUCAGGCUGCUUACAGUGCUGUUAAACCAAAUCAAAAAUGUUGUGCUGUCAUCGAGGCAAAUACGGGAUUUUGAAAACGAGAGGGAGGAUUCAUUUCCCGCACCUGAGAAAAAGAAUGCACUGAAGGAGAAGAAAAACUCUAAUUCCCUCCAACACCCAGAACUAAUAGAUGGGAAAGACCCCAAGUGUCCUUUGGCACAAUUGGAUAAUGUGCAUAUUUCAGGAAGAGAGAAAGAACAGCCCGUUGGAGAUGAUUCGCCGACAUCGCCUUGUCCUUUGGUGAGAACAGUUUUGAACAAGCCGGUUUCGCGGACAAUAGUCAGCUGCACAACGGAGAAAACCGCCGAUGGAUAUCACACCUCUGGCUUGUUGCGGGUCACAGUCACUCAGGAGUGUCAAGCCGCAAAGCCGCCUCGCGCAGCGGAUUACCCACCACAAAAUUUCCCAAAAGCCAGAAAACGCACACAGCAAAAGGUUUACGAAACUGAGGAAUUCAUCCAUUAUUUACUAAACUACUACCAAACCCCACGAUACGCACGGAUUUGUGCAGCGUUGCCCAGCCCAGCAGAGAAACCUUGGCGGGAGAGGAUCGUGUGUCGAAAUGGGAACAACAUUUGCGUCAACCUCGAGAGCAAAGAGGAGCAGCGCUUGAAAGAAAUGGGUCCAGCCCCAGACUGUCGUGAGAAAGAUUUCAGAUGGAGCGAAGGAAUAGAGAAAGAACCUGCGUCCAGGAGCCAGACCAGUACAAGUGGGAUUAUCAAAAGCUUCCAAGUACGGAGCAGUGACUCGUUGAAUGAACUGCAUACUCCUAUUCUAGUCAACGCUAAGAAAUGCCAAGGAAACGAUCCUGAAAUGGAAAUUGUGUCAUCGAAAAGGCCAUUUGGCCGUGUGUAUAAACUGAAGGAUUUAUUGGAAGAGAUAAGCAGUGACUCUGAAUAUUUUAGCGAGGCGCUUAAUGACUCACGGAACAGAACUGAGAGGAGAAAUGGGAGUUGCCAAACUAGCUGUGACCCGUGGCCUUUGAGCAAGUUGGGAGCCAGAGAGUUGCUGAUUUGUGUUCAAAACGUCGCCGGUAGCGAUCCAGGCGGCAAGCGCAGCUUCUGCUCCAACUCUGAGUGCUGCGACUCGAUAAAGCAGGCAAGGCAAAGGCUUAAAACGGGAUUAAAGAGACCCAGCAGUAAAGUCCGGCAUGACGGACCAAACAGCAAAUGGGUGUCUAGCGAAGAGGAGAGGGAAUCCAGCAGGAGGAGGAGGAAGAAGAAGAAAAAGAAAAGGACUUCGAGUAGCUCCCUGCCUGACGACGAGGAACCUGAUGUCUUUAAGACAAACCAUCGCGAGGAGGUGGAGAACCUGGACAAGAUGCAGAGGAAGUGUCGCAAGAUGCUCCACCACAACAUGCAAUGCAAGACGCUCCAUGCCAUUGGAGGAGGAGCAGUGAAAGCAAAGGACGUCAUGUGCCUGAGUGCCUCUCAGCUUCAGGAAGCCCAUCAAGAGGCAGGGGACUUGCUCUCGAGGCGAGAGGUGGACGCCUGCUCCGAAGGAUGGCCUUUGCUUCCUGUUGACAUCAUGCAGACGAGUCCGUACCCAGAGGCGGUCUGCGGAGCUGAGUUCGGAAGAGGAUGCUGAUGGAGAUCUUGAGACUAUUUAAGGAGGGAGCUCAAAAUAGGUCCUUUUAUACGACUCUUUAAGGAAUGUAACUGUACAGUAGACCUUGGGUGACGUGGACACUCGGCUUAGGCUCCUCUGCACGCCGGUGGCAAACAGGCAAAGCAGAAAUGGCAGGAAUCCGUCCGCGGAUUUGGCGUCUGAACCAAAGAGGACCAAAAACAACAGAAAAGAUGGAGGCCUUAUUGAAUCACGGGCUGAACUGAACUGAACGAAUUCUGUUCCUGUCUUUUUUGGGACAGAGCGAGAGUCCUGCCGGGAAGCAGAGUGAUGCCUAAGCCUCUCAUAUAUCGGUUGAAUAAAUAUUUUUAAUUUAUAA